ACCUUUCCCUUUCCCAAUCCCGUUUAUAUAGUACGGCGACUUCCGCCCUUGCCGUUAAAGCAGUGCGAUCAUGGCGGAGCGCGUUCAGCAGCCCCCAGCUAAACGGCUCUGCUGCCGACCCGGGUAUAGUACGACAUGUAGACAGGGGCAGCGAGCCGGUGGAACAGUAUGCGGCGGUUCGGGUUCUGGCCAAGGGGGAUCCAGCAAAACCCAGAGCCCCGAAUCGCUCCUGGACAUUGCAGCGCGGAAAGUAGCGGAGAAGUGGCCGUUCCAACGGGUGGAGGAGCGUUUCGAGCGCAUCCCGGAGCCCGUACAGCGGCGGAUCGUGUACUGGUCUUUCCCGAGGAGCGAACGGGAGAUCUGCAUGUAUUCCUCGUUCAACACUGGCGGAGAGGAGAGCGCGUCUAGCGGGGAGAACGUAGACGAGACGCGGUUACCGUUCCGACGCGGCAUCGCAUUGCUGGAGAGCGGCUGUGUGGACAACGUAUUGCAAGUCGGUUUCCAUUUGAGCGGCACAGUAACAGAACCGGCCACACCGUCAGAACCUGAGAUAGUGUGCAGCGUAGCCAUUAGCUUCGACCGCUGCAAGAUCACCUCCGUAACGUGCGGCUGUGGAAACAAGGACAUCUUCUACUGUGCCCAUGUGGUGGCGCUGUCCUUGUACCGUGUACGGCGGCCCGAACAGGUCAAACUUCACCUCCCCAUCUCAGAGACUCUAUUCCAGAUGAACAGGGACCAGUUGCAGAAGUUUGUGCAGUAUCUCAUCACCGUCCACCACACGGAAGUGCUGCCCACGGCCCAGAAACUAGCCGACGAGAUUCUCUCGCAGAACUCCGAGAUCAAUCAAGUGCACGGGGCCCCGGACCCCACGGCGGGGGCCAGCGUGGACGAUGAGAACUGCUGGCAUUUGGACGAGGAGCAGGUCCAGGAGCAGGUCAAACUCUUCCUGUCCCAGGGGGGAUACCAUGGCUCGGGCAAACAGCUCAAUCUCCUGUUCUCAAAGGUACGGGAGAUGCUGAAGAUGCGGGACUCAAAUGGCGCUCGCAUGCUAACGCUAAUCACAGAGCAGUUCAUGGCCGACCCGCGGCUGGCUCUGUGGCGGCAGCAGGGAACCACCAUGACGGACAAAUACCGGCAGCUGUGGGAUGAGUUAGGUGCCUUGUGGAUGUGUAUCGUGCUAAACCCCCACUGUAAGCUGGAACAGAAGGCCGCUUGGCUCAGGCAGCUCAAGAAGUGGAACAGUGUGGACGUGUGUCCCUUGGAGGACGGUAACCACGGCAACGAGCUGCCCAAUUUAACCAAUGCCUUGCCUCAGGGUGCACACGGCAACCAAGAUUCGGGCACCCGGCCCCAUCGGACGGUUUUCACACGAGCCAUCGAGGCAUGCGAUCUCCACUGGCAAGACAGCCACUUACAGCACAUUAUCAACGACGACCUCUUCACCAACUACUGUUACCAUGACAACACUGAAAAUUCGCUCUUUGACUCUCGCGGCUGGCCCCUGUGGCACGAACACGUCCCUACGGCUUGUGCCAGAGUAGAUGCACUGAGAUCUCACGGUUACCCACGGGAAGCACUGCGAUUGGCCAUCGCCAUCGUCAACACCCUGCGUCGGCAGCAACAGAAACAGCUAGAGGUCUUCCGAAACCACAAGAAAGAUUCGGGCACCCGGCCCCAUCGGACGGUUUUCACACGAGCCAUCGAGGCAUGCGAUCUCCACUGGCAAGACAGCCACUUACAGCACAUUAUCAACGACGACCUCUUCACCAACUACUGUUACCAUGACAACACUGAAAAUUCGCUCUUUGACUCUCGCGGCUGGCCCCUGUGGCACGGUGGGCCCUACAGUGGUUUGGGAGAGCUCAUCUAUAGAGAGAGCGUUCCGAUGCACACGUUUGCCAAGUAUCUCUUCACAUGCCUCCUACCUCACGAUGCCGAACUGGCGUACAAAAUUGCACUGAGAGCAAUGCGGUUACCAGUGUUGGAAUCCAUGGCUCCUUCGGGCGACAUGUCCCGGCCUCACCAUAUAGUAUCAGUCGUCCCCAAUCGUUACCCGCGAUGGUUCACCCUCAGCCACAUCGAGUCCCAGCAGUGCGAGCUGGCCUCCACCAUGCUCACUGCAGCCAAAGGUGAUGCUCGAAGGUUAGAGACAGUAUUAGAGACCAUACAGAAGAACAUUCACUCCUCCUCUCAUAUCUUCAAACUGGCGCAGGAUGCCUUUAAGAUAGCGACGCUCAUGGACAGUCUGCCGGACAUCACUCUGCUGAAGGUCUCCCUGGAGCUGGGUCUUCAGGUAAUGCGUAUGACGCUUUCAACGCUGAACUGGCGGCGGCGAGAGAUGGUACGAUGGCUAGUCACAUGUGCCACAGAAGUUGGGGUCUACGCACUGGACAGCAUCAUGCAGAGCUGGUUUACCCUCUUCACGCCCACCGAGGCCACGAGCAUCGUGGCCACCACGGUCAUGUCCAACAGCACCAUCGUACGGCUGCACCUGGACUGCCAUCAGCAGGAGAACCUGGCGAGCAGCGCGCGGACGUUAGCCCUGCAGUGCGCCAUGAAGGACCCUCAGAACUGCGCGUUGUCGGCUCUCACGCUCUGCGAGAAGGACCACAUCGCCUUCGAGACGGCCUACCAGAUCGUGUUGGAUGCGGCCACCACGGGCAUGAGCUACACGCAGCUGUUCACCAUCGCACGCUACAUGGAGCACCGUGGCUACCCCAUGCGCGCGUACAAACUGGCCACGCUCGCGAUGGUGCAUUUGAACCUGAGCUACAACCAGGACACGCAUCCCGCCAUCAACGACGUGCUGUGGGCUUGUGCGCUCAGCCACUCGCUGGGAAAGAACGAGCUGGCCGCCAUCAUCCCGCUGGUGGUGAAGAGCGUCAAGUGCGCCACCGUGCUGUCGGACAUAUUGCGGCGUUGCACGCUGACCACGCCUGGCAUGGUGGCGCUGCACAGCCGCAGGAACUCUGGGAAGUUGAUGUCGUUGGACAAAGCCCCGCUAAGACAGCUCUUGGACGCUACGAUCGGGGCCUACAUCAACACGACGCACUCGCGGCUCACGCACAUCAGCCCGCGGCACUACAGCGAGUUCAUCGAGUUCCUCAGCAAAGCCAGAGAGACUUUCCUCAUGGCGCACGACGGACACAUUCAGUUCACACAGUUCAUAGACAACCUGAAACAGAUAUACAAAGGCAAAAAGAAACUCAUGAUGCUCGUGCGCGAGCGGUUCGGCUAGUCCACCUUUGUACGCUUUUUAAGUAAAAAAAGAAACGACAAAAACAAUACGAACCACACCGGUAUUAUGUGUAUAGACUUACGUUUGCGUAAAAAAAAUGGAAAAAAAAAAGUGGAACGUUGUCAUGUUGUGGAAGUUUGUGCAUUUCCCCUUUAUUUGUGUGAAAGCGUGUGAGAGUAUGUCACGAUGUUACGGUUUACACUGAGUAUAUGUUGUCCAGUGGCGAAAGUCCUCACAGCACUCCAGAUCUCUCUGUUAAACAUUCACAGCCUCAAAGUGAAGAAGAAAUAUGGCUUUAAACCAAACAACACCUCCAUCCUAAGUGACAAGUACCUCGUACGGCUUCAGCUUUACUCCUUCCUGAACCAGUCACACGUUACCAGUGUACUAAAGAAGUGUUAGAAACGAGAAAAACAAAAACACUUCUCCAUUUUUUGAGUUUCCUUUUCAGUUCACCAGGCUAAUUGCGUGGCUUUGCAGUGCUGUUUCGUAUGUCUCGCGCGCGCGCGCGCGCGCACACACACACACACACAGUCUUCAACCCCAUUGUGCUUGCUCUUGUGGAAACUUAGCGACUGUCGACAUACAUCUCAGGGAUUCUCUUUGGAAAAAAAAAGGAAAAAAAGAAGAAAAAAAUGGUCAUGAAAGAAUGAGAGCAUUUUAUUGUACUGUAUAUAUGAUAGUAUAUGUCUGAAUAUUGAAAAAAUGUAUACGUUAACUAAUUUAUAAAAAGAAUAUUCUAUGUAAUGCAAAAUACUUGAAGCUGCAGUACCUUGGUUUGAAACAAAACAUAUCAGAGGGACUAAACGCGAGCCUCGGGCUGUGUUCGGAAUGGAAGGCUAGCGUGCUGCUUACUGCGUGAGAAACAGUAUGCGAAACGGUAGGCAUUAUUCCACAAUUAACGUUUCACGUGAUUUCAUGACGUUGCAUGUUUAAUUCAGUUAAUCUUGGAAAUGAACCUGGGUGUUUUUCCACAUUUCAUCCCAUUUAAAGCGCAUUGCACAGUAUCCAUACUACACACUGCAGCCGCAGCAACCGUACGCUAGCGUGUUAUUCCGAACACAGCCGUGCUGUCGGGGCUGGAUUCGGGCAGUGAACCUGUGUGCUGGGUAUCUAUGCAGAGCCACCUCCGAUGCACGAUCCGAGCGGUCUGGGAUGCGUUGGCAUAGACCCGACCGCACAGGGCACCAGUGGUUUGGACGGACACCCAGUGAACCAGAGCAGCAAGCCUUAGCAUUAAGAAUUGGGAAUGCAAGAAACGCAGGCCCAUGUGCCUCAAAAAAACGCCUAGAAAUGUAGAUCCAACAGUAUCGAUGUUAACGCAAACAUGCCGAGCGAUUGGCCUGACGCUCUUGUUUCUUUCCACAAUAAUCGAGUCACGACGAAGCUCCAUUUUUAUGCACAAUAACAUGUACAUGCCUAUCUGCUGACAUCUUAACUUUGUGCAAGACAGAAAGUUGCUGUGUAGGUCUGACUGUUCAAAAGUUUUUUUAAACGCUUUUGUUUAGUUGCUUUUUUACGUUUCUUGUUUUUUUGUUUUUCCUUUUGUCGUUCCUAUAGGAUUCCUCAACGAAACGAAAACAGCCUUCUUUCUUGCCUUGUCUUAAUGCUUUAAAAUAACCAAACUGGAGUUCUAACUACCAAACUUGUUCGUUAAAAAUGAAAGCCAACCGACUUUGGUUACAACUUUACGGUCUUUAAUUUUAGCUGAAUGGUUCUGUAUUCUGUGCUUUAAAAAGCAGUUUUCCUAUGUUUUUUGGUGCAAAAACAUUGUCGAGUGUCCCUUUCCUUAGAGGUAUGUCUGUAGCUCUUUUUCUUUUUUUGUUCGUUAAGAAACAGAAAUACAAUUUUUCUCCAUUUUAUUUAUUAUGAAAGGUAAACGAUUGUACUUCUUCACCCGUGUCAACAUUCUCAUGAAGUUGAAUUUCAGAUUUGAUACACCGAUAUCAAUUUAUUUAUGUAACUAAAUCACUGUUUUAUAAACUUGUUAAUGAUUCAACAUUUUUGUUUUAAUUAAAAUUAGUUUUUUGAGAGG